ACUAUCAAACAAUAAUAAAAGGAGGAUAUCCUCAUAGGCCCUCCACGUCACCCUGAAAAAUCAUCCAAUCAAGUUUUAACAUUUUACCACAUAAUUAAGUGAUUUCAGAUGUGCUUAAAUUUCUUUACGAGCCCAUAUUUUCUUCAGAUGGCCCAAAAAACUCAUUUCAUUGAAAGCAUCUUGACCUUUUGCUCUUUCUCUUCUUCGUUUUCGUUUUACUAUACUCUGUAAUUUCUUUACCCUGAUCGAAAUAUCUAAUCCACAAUUACAACACUCUCUCUCUCACAGAGCUUUAUCCCCUUUCCCAUGGUGUCUUCCGUCAUUUCUCGCUCCUUAUCUCUUCUCCUAUUCACUUCAAAACCUUCUCCGUCUCCCUCCGCCGCCGCCGCCACCACACAUCUUCUCUUCCCUUCACUCAGAACCAACGCCUGUUUCGCGCCACCAACACUAAACCCCCGCCGCCGAGGGCGUUCAAUCAUCGUCAGAGUAGACGAGGCCGACGACAGAGGUGGACAGGACGAGUACGACAUGGUAAACGAGGAAGUGGAGGAAUUGGACAACAAGAAGGACUACGACGUCGAGUACGACCCGAUGGCGGCUGCGAGUGGCGGCGGCUAUGGGGACAUCGCGUUCGUGCAGAUCAAGAGCUUCACAUCGACACAGGGGUGGAACUCGGAGAUGGUGGUUGAUUAUCGGAUAAACGAAGACGGGUUCCAUAAGAUCAGUUUGUAGGACUGUGGUUUUGUUUAUCAGGAAGCCGCCUGAUCCUGAUAACAAUGUUUAUGACUUCAGAGAGGUAUGUGAAAAGUUCUUCUCCGCUUUUAACUUUAAAUUCAAGCUGUUUUUACGUUUUUGACUAUGCGGCGGCGUUUCUGAUGUGGUGGUUGUAUGUGACUCCUCCGGAUAUGGAUAUUUACUCGAUUCCAAGAGUUCUUGCUCCAAUGCCUCAAAAGGUUUAGCCUUUUAUCCUUACUGGUUGUUGUUUCUGCACGUGUUUUACAACAUUCAAAGUCUACUUGUGACCCCAAUGGUGAGAUUAAUCUUAUAACAACCUCUUCCUUCACAGUUUGAUUGUAAACUUCUCUCCUUGUGGUCAAUCUUUCUGCUUCAAUGAUGUUUACUUUCUCUUGAAGCUCUUUGAUGUAAGAAAUCCCAUCUUCGGUCGAUAUAAUCAGGUAUUGAUUAUAUUUUUCUCAACCUCUUUAUUAUUACCGGAAAAUGUCCAAAUUUUGUGAGUUCUAUUGGUAUUAUGCGAGAAGUAUUGAUUAUAUUCACUUACAAGUAUAUUCUAAGUUCUAGCACAUUAAAUUUGCAGGAUUUUGUAUUCAAAUCCUUGGUCAGUACUUGCUUUCCUGGAUGUGAUAUACCUGCUUGGUUCAACCACCAAGCAUAUGGAUCAGUAUUAAACGUGGAGUUUCCAUGAUAUUGGAAUGAAGGCCAAUUGAAUGGUGUAGUAUCAU